UAAGAAGAAGAAUCUCAUUAAGCAGCUAUUCCCCAACACUCUUCACUUCCUCACUCAAAAAGCUCUCAACACUCUCCACUGAAAAACCCUAAUUUAAGCUAAAAAUUGAAGGUUUUGUUGCAGAUGAUUGAAGAUUUGAGUUGACAAAGUGAAGCAAAAAAUCGAAGAUUUUGCUAAAUUGAAGCGAAAAAUCGAAGAUUUCGUUUAAUUGAAGCGAAGAAUCGGAGGUUUCGGGUUGAGAAAAAAAGCAAAAAAUCGAAGAUCUUGUUGCAGAAAUUGAAGAGAAAAAGCAAAAGAUUGAAGAUUUGAGUUGAGAAAGUGAAGCAAAAAAAUCGAAGAUUUCUUUUAAUUGAAGGGAAAAAUCGGAGGUUUCGGUUGAGAAAAAGCAAAUAAUCGAAGAUUUUGUUGCAGAAAUUGAAUCUAAAAAUAGAAGAUUUCGGUUGAGUAAAGCAAAAAGUUGAAGAUUUCGUUACAAUAAUUGAAGGAAAAAAUCGAAGUUUUCGUUAAAUUGAAGAGAAAAAGUGAAGAUUUUGAUUGGAAAAAGCAAAAAAUUGAGGAUUUUCGUUAAACUGAAGCAUAAAGUCGAAGAUUUCGUUAAAUUGAAGAGGAAAAUCAGAGAUUUCGGUUUGAGAAAAAGCAAAAAAUCAAGAUUUUGUUACAAAUUGAAGCAAAAAAUCGAAGAUUUUUGUUAAAUUGGAGCAAAUGGAGGUUACUGGAAAGCAAAAGUUGAAGGAAAAUGAAUUUGUGAUUUUAUCGAUUUCGGAGGUUUCGUCUGCUUCAUCAUCUACUUCGUUUUCUAAAGAUGAACCGAUUUUAGCUCGGUUCGGUUCGGGUUCUGGAGUUUCGGAGCUCCGAUUUGAUCAGACGUCGGAUUCUAGUGCCAACAUUGUGUUCGAUCUUCGAAAUUCACAGUUACUCAGGCUUGGACCUGCAGAGUCUCUGUGCAUAUCUGAAGCUUCUAAAGACAAUAAGGAGAGAGGCUAUUCCAGGGGAAUCUCCAUUCAAUUUAAAAACGAUGAGGACAGUAGGACCUUCCAUUGUGCAUUUGAGCAAUGGAAGACAGAAGUGGUCGUUCAAGGGUCUACUCUGCCAAAUGGAGCAGUAUCAACUUCAACAAGUAAAUUUGAUGAAAAAAUAGAGGCAUCUUCUGCUAAAAUGUAUUUUCACUACUAUGGGCAACUAUUGCAUCAGCAAAAUAUGUUGCAGGAUUUUGUACGGACAGGAACCUAUUAUGCUGCUGUAAUUGAGAACCGUGCUGAUUUUCUUGGUCGUGUAGUGGUUGAUGUUGGAGCUGGUAGUGGUAUUUUGUCAUUAUUUGCAGCUCAGGCUGGUGCAAAGCAUGUUUAUGCCGUAGAGGCAUCUGAAAUGGCCGAAUAUGCUAAAAAGCUUAUUGCAGGAAAUCCAUCUCUGAGUGAGAGAAUUACUGUAAUCAAAGGAAAGGUUGAAGAAGUAGAGUUACCUGUGAAAGCCGAUAUCUUAAUCUCUGAGCCAAUGGGUACUUUGUUAGUUAACGAAAGAAUGCUGGAGUCUUAUGUGAUUGCAAGAGACCGGUUUCUAGUGCCAAACGGAAAAAUGUUUCCUACAGUGGGAAGAAUACACAUGGCACCCUUCAGUGAUGAAUAUUUGUAUAUGGAAAUUGCAAAUAAGGCUAUUUUUUGGCAGCAACAGAGCUAUUUUGGGGUUAAUUUAACACCCCUGCAAAGAUCUGCAUAUGAAGGAUACUUUUCUCAGCCAGUGGUGGAUGCUUUUGAUCCUAGGUUAUUGAUAGCUCCUGCAAUAUCUCAUGUGAUUAACUUCACUUCAAUAAAGGAAGAAGAUCUAUAUGAAAUUGAGAUCCCGUUGAAAUUUACAUCUCCUGUUAGCACUAGAGUUCAUGGGCUGGCUUGCUGGUUUGAUGUACUAUUUAAUGGAAGCACUGUACCGAGGUGGCUGACCACUGCGCCUGGUGCACCUACAACUCACUGGUAUCAGCUUCGGUGUGUAUUGUCACAACCACUUUAUGUCAUGCCAGGACAGGAGAUAACUGGCCACUUUCGCCUCGUUGCCCAUAAGGCACAAAGUUAUACCAUUUACCUAACAUUGUCAGCUACGGUUGGAGAUAUGCUCCAGACGUCCUCUGGAAAACUUGAUCUGAAGGAACCAUAUUACCGGAUGUCCCAGCCACAAGCAUAUUCAUUGGCACAAGAUCAACAACCUAAUCAGCUAUUACAAACACCGGACAUACUAACACAACCCUGGGUUGAAGAUGGCUCAGUCCCGGUCCAACAACCUUCUCCAAAUCAUGACGCAGAGCUACAUUCCCUCUGAUGGUGAUGGCCAAGUUAAGGGAUGUGCAUCUCGAUAAUCCCCUCUUUGUAUUAUUAGAGUGCUUGGCUAAGCUAAAGAAUGCAAACUUUUAACCCUGCCAAGUUCCGACUUAUCUAUUCCCCACCCCCCACCCCCACCCCCACCCCGAGUUUUGAUUGCUUGUAAAUCGUUGCUGAUUUGCUAUUUAUCUUCCUAGUUUCAUGUACUAAUUAUCUUUCAUUAGUACUUUCAACCUGAUCAUGUAGGAUGCUUUUUUAUCCAGCUUGAUAGAAAUGGCUAUUUCAGCUGUGCAAGGCUCCAA